AAUGCGUCGUCAUCCUCUGUUGAAUCCCUAAACACCGUCGGAAUAUGCCUCGACAUCGAAAAAAGCGAAGAACACAUGUUCCUGUAUCGGAAGAAGAAAACAAGGUUCCCAUUACUAUGGUAUGUAAAAAAGGGAAAAUAACCAACUCUCUUGCAGACCUCGUGAUGGAUCUAAGAAACAUGUUACGGCCACAUACAACCAGGAAGAUGCAAGAAAGUGCAUCCAGUUCUCUCAACGAGUUUGCAACGUUAGCCAAAAAAUUGGGAGUUAGUCACCUUUGGAUAUUAUCAGAGUCCGUUAGUAGCACCACAUUGAGGAUUGGCAGACUACCAAAAGGUCCCACUUUUACUUUUAGAGUCAACUGGUUCUCAUUGGCGGCCGAUGUGAGGAAAGCACAGAAACGCCCUCACAUUGUCAGCGAUGCAGAACUAAAGGAUCCUCCUCUUCUUGUUCUACACGGAUUCGAGGACUCUAGAGUACAGGAAAGAAUGAUGAGCUCGUUAUUCCAGUUUAUGUUCCCAGCAAUCGACUUGGAUACAUUGAAACCACAGGCAGUGAAAAGAGUUCUUCUUGUAAACUAUGACAGGGAAAAAGAAGUCAUAGAAAUACGUCAUUAUCUCAUUCGGACGAACCCUGUAGGUCUAUCGAGGCCCAUACGCAAGCUAUUGUAUAGAAAAAUUCCAAAACAACUCAAUACCUUGACAGAUAUUUCCGAGCUGUUAGAUAGAGGAGGAGAUGGCGCAUAUAGCUCGGAAUCAGAAGGAGAAGGUUCCGAAGAUAAUAGAUGCUCUCUUGUUACUGAAAAUAACAACAAUACUUCAAAGAGAGCAUCCGUUAUUUUAUAUGAAGUGGGCCCACGAAUGUCCUUGCAGUUGUGGCAAAUACAAGAGGAGCUCUUUAGUGGCUCCUUCGUAUACGAAUCAAAGUCUAGCUAAGAGUGAGAAUGACUGUAAUAGUAAAUUGUAUAGCUUCUUGAAUGUGAGCUAGAAUAAUGAUGGAAAUAGAGGCAUUCACAAACUCCUAUAAAUAAAAAGAUUUACGU